ACUGAAAUUUGCGCAACAAGUUGUGUAUUGUAGUUUAAUCGCUGGAUGCCAAACACGGCUGUGAGCGCUACGUACUUCAGGUUCGACAUGCUGACAGCGGUGUGCUCUCAUAUAGCGGAGAGGCUACGUGUGUCAGACAGAGGGAGCAAUAUAAACUCGGACCUGGCGUUAGUGGUGGAGUGGACAACGGGACUAACACCAGCCCAGUCACUGUGUGAUGAGGGACUCUACAACAAAAGCUAUGGCUGGACCCAGGCCUGUGGUGCUUAGCGGCCCGUCCGGGGCGGGGAAGAGCACUCUGCUGAAGAAGCUCAUGAAAGAAUAUGACAGUGUCUUUGGCUUCAGCGUCUCCCAUACAACAAGAAAUCCUCGACCGGGAGAAGAGAACGGCAAAGAUUAUCAUUAUGUUACACGGGAGGUGAUGCAGGCGGGGAUUGACAACGGCGACUUCAUUGAGAACGCAGAGUUUUCGGGGAACAUGUAUGGGACGAGUAAAGCUGCUGUGCAAGAUGUACAGGCCAAGAACCUCAUCUGUAUACUUGACAUCGACAUGCAGGGUGUGAGGAACAUCAAAACGACAGACCUCAAUCCUAUCUACAUCUCUAUCCAGCCGCCGUCCAUGACAGUCCUGGAAAAACGUUUAAGAGAACGAAAAACAGAGUCAGAGGAGAGUCUCCAGAAACGUUUAAAAGCAGCCAAGGUGGACAUGGAGUUUAGUAAAGAGCCUGGUCUUUUUGAUGCUACAAUUGUCAAUGAUAAUUUGGAGGAGGCCUAUGGGCAGUUAAAACAAGCUCUCCUUGAGGAAAUUAAUAAGGUCAAGAAAAUCAAGAUGUCUUUGUAGGAGACAGCAUCACAUAUUUUUAUUCUCAUUCAGCCACUCCUCACGAAUCUGCAGACCUCCAUUCCAGUCGUGAACAUUCCCUCAGGUGGUGGUCUGUUAACCUCAGACAUCCCUUAAUGGAUACACACAAAUAUGUAGGUUUUACAUGGUUUUUAGGGGUAGUUAUUAUCAAAUAACAUGCUGUUUUUUUUACUGACAAGUGCUUUCCAUAUUUUUUAUUUUCAUUUGUAUGAAGAAAAGAUACUCCAGUAAUGCUUACUUGAUAUAUGAUUGGUAGGGUGUGCAAGAUGUUUUGUUGGACAGGGUUUAGCGAAUACAGAUAUACUGCUUGCAGCGUUGUCUUCUCACCAAUCUGGACUAACACAAAGAGUACCAUAACUCAUUCUGUCAUGGAAUUGGUGGGUUUUCAAGGGCGUGAAAAAGUAUUCCUCGAUAUGUUGAUUGGAGGCAGCGAGUUAUGUUACUCUUACAGUAAAUUGUACUGUGCUGAUGGUAUAAAGAUUUAGAGAUAGUUAAAUAUUUACUUUUAUCUGGAUCAACAUAAGCUGUUACAAUGCAACAGCUGCUCUUCCUGGGGUCCAUACUGGUGUCAGACACAGUCAAAGUCAUAUAUCAGCAUUCAGGCCCCUGCACACAUUUAGUUAAGGAAGGAAACCACAUCAGAAACCUCAGCACUACAACUGAUUUCUGGAAAACAUGGCAGGUAGAGUAACAUGCAAGUCAACUGUACUGUGGAGAUAAUGAAGCUAUUUCAGUGCUGGUAAAUGCUUUCCUUUUACAGGUUUUUAUAAUGCGCCACAGAAUGUGCUAACUUUGCUUCGUAAAUAUAAACACUGUUGUGUUCUAGUAGGAUUAAAUCCCACGAUAGAGGCAGAAAAUGUUGCUUAAAACAACAAAAAAAAAGUCACUGUGGGGCGUUAUAACAGAACAGUUUAACUGUUUGUUUUACAGUUGUAAAUUUGUAACUUUUAUAUUGUGUGACUAUCAUUUUGCAGCUUCACCUGUACAGUAAAAUGACACUCAGUGGACUGUUUUGAUUCCUAACUAAAGGUGAGAUUUUUAACUUCGAAUGAAAAUGAAAUGGUAGUGUUUCUUUUUUAUAUAUAUUGUUUAGAAACAAGCACACAAAUCUCCUUUUACUUGAAAACAGAAUAUUUAGGACCCGUGUGUAAUUUGGUAUUUUUUUUCCAUAAUACGCGUCUUUUUUCAGUUUGAAAGUGUUCACUGAAAUACCGUAGUUAAAUGUUACGUCACCAUCAGUGAAAUGCAGUCCCUUGGUUUGCCAUUUGAACACGUAAUAACUUCUAAUAAGUAUGUGCUUGUUGUGAAAAAAAUGCCAUUAUGUAUUCCUUCAAUCCAUUAAAUGUUCAGCAGUAAGACUA